AUGACAUACGGCGCGGAAAACUGGGUGAUCAACAAAAAAUACAAAAGUAAAAUACAGGCCACUGAAAUGGAAUACUGGGGGAGAAGUUGUAGAAUUUCGAGAAUAGACAAAGUAAGAAACGAGGAGAUCAGGCAGCGAAUGGGUAUCAAGAAAGAUACCUUAACAUUGAUUGAAGAAAAGAGAUUGAUACACAAGAUAACAGAAUGGAGCCCCAUAGGUAGAAGGAAAAGGGGUAGACCCAGAAGAUCUUGGAGGGAUGAAGUAGAUGAAUCUAUGGAAAAAAGAGGUAUCGGAGAUGAAUGGCAAGACAGAGAUGGAUGGAGGCGUAGGUUGAGAGAAGCGAGACAGCGACAGCUGCUGUGGUCUCAAAUCGACUUUGGCCUUAUCGACCGCCAACCGGAAGACGGCGAAGAAGGAGAAGAAUUAUAA